AAUCUCUACUGAUGGUUUGUAUCACAAAAAGAUGGCAAAUGUCCGGAAUAAAUCCUGUUUCCUUUGCAAUCAAAUUUAUAAUAAACGAAUUGCGUGUACGCUGUGAAAUUACAAAAAUUUCUUCUUAUAAAUCACAAAAGGAAGAAAAAUAUUCGUGUGGCUUUGCUAAUAUUAGCAUACUGUUCUAAUAAGUUUUGGAAAGAGGAGAAGACUUAUUUACCGAUGUUACAGGACAUAGAAGGUGGGCAUGUGAAUGAAGCCUACGACAACACAUCUGAGAUCAGUGGAGAGUUCGGGGACAACGUGAGCCUGUCGUCCAGACUACCCGUAGCGGCCGACCCCGUGGACCCGCUUCCUCCGGACGAAGAGGUGGAGUGGUCUCUGACUGACCUCUGUUCUGUUUACAAGAGCAACCACAUGAAGGCUCUGAUAUGGAAGAAUGCACUUUGGAUGCUCAGAAACGUUGGAAUCAUGAUGUUCAUCAUCGGCCUCCCUGUGAUGCAGAUCGUCUUGUUCUGCCUUUCUAUCGGCAAGGACCCUAGGGGCCUGGCACUUGCAGUGGUGAACAACGAAAUCAACAACUCCAUCUCCGACUGCUCACAGAUCAACACUCCAGACCUCAUCAGUUGCCAGUAUCUCAAACAGCUGGAAAUGAAAACCUUGAAGCUCAAAUACUUCGGCAACUAUGAAGAGGCGGUAGAAUCUGUACACGACGGCCACACGUGGGGAGUACUGGAGUUCCCACAGGAAUACUCCUCCAGCCUCAUCACAAGACUCAACGAUAGCAGCGGCACAAACGAUGCAAUCCUCAACCAAAGUGAAGUCAACAUCAACUUGGAUAUGUCCAAUCAACAAAUUUCUUUUAUGCUGAGGCGAGAUCUGUACACCGCUUACGAAGAAUUGGGACAUGUGUACGCUGAAAAAUUCGGCCUCAAUCCGGAAUUGCUGAAAAUUCCAAUCAGGUUCAACAAACCUGUGUAUGGGCCGCCUAUUCCAAAUUUCACAGACUUUGCCGCACCAGGAGUCAUGUUAACGAUCAUAUUCUUCCUGGCAGUGGCUCUGACAUCGGGCGCCAUGUUAGUUGAACGAAAUGAAGGAAUAAUGGAAAGAGGCUUAGUCUCAGGUAUAACAGGAGUGGAGAUUUUGACAGCCCACGUGAUCACGCAGUUUCUGGUGAUGUUGGGGCAGUCUGUGAUGGUCGUUGGAUUCACCUUGUUCGUCUUUGACGUCACGAAUCAUGGUGACGUCAUUUGGGUUCUGGUGUUGGUCGUUCUAGACGGCAUGUGCGGCAUGACUUUCGGUUUUGUCGUAUCCUGCGUGACCGAUAGUGAAAGGAACGCCACCUACUUGGCGCUGGGCAGUUUCCUACCGUUUGUUAUGCUGUGUGGAAUAAUCUGGCCGGUGCAAGGCAUGCACACCAUCUUGAGAACCAUAAGUUGGUUCCUACCCCUGACUUUAUCCACGGAGUCGCUACGGACGAUAUUGGCCAAGGGCUGGGCCAUACACAGCCCUACAGUAUUCGCCGGAUACAUAUCCAUGGGGUUAUGGAUCAUUAUCUUUAUGGUAUCCAGUAUCCUGCUCAUCAAGUUCAAGAAGGGCUAGUCUACGUCAACCUGCUCCACUUUGUAGUACUGUUGUAAACUGUUGUAUUAGUUAUAGUUUUUUUUUUAAAUUAAGCGCUUGUUAUCUUUAUACUACUUGUAUAUAUAAUAAUUAGAUACUAUAAAUCCCCUGCAUAUAGUAUUAAAUUUAAGCAAAUAUUAUUUGGCCGAGUUUCAUUUUUAUUUUACAAAAUUCAUAGUGAUAUAAAACCAUAGCAACUUGUGACCUGAUAUUGAAAUAAGGCCUACAAUUCAUUCUUAUCGUAUUAUACUCAACCUCAAUAAUUAUACUCAAUUAUUUCAAUUUAUUACGGCAUAUGGACAGUUGUUUGCUAAUAAAUUGUGUCAAACAACUAUGCUUGUAAAAGUAGCAAACUUUUGAAGUUAAAAUUUUAUCCAUGUUACUAACUCUUUACAAAAAUUCUACGCGGAUUAAAUUUUCCUCAAAGAUUAAAAAUAACAUUUUCCAUCCAGUUAAUAUAUGUCAUAAAACUGUGGUGUUAUCAAGCGUGGUAUGAAUUAUGACCUAUAACUUAUACUGUUUUAAACUGCGGUAUAGAGUUAGGGCCUAUAACUUAUACUGUUUUAACUGCGGUAUAGAGUUAGGGCCUAUAACUUAUACUGUUUUAACUGCGGUAUAGAGUUAGGGCCUAUAACUUAUACUGUUUUAACUGCGGUAUAUUUCUCUUCAACUUUGUUUUCUGACGGACCAGUACUUAAUUAGGUAACAGAACAAAUUCGUGAGUGAAAUGUUACUAGUAUGUCCAUUCAGCCUGAAAAUUUUGGUUUUGAUUACCUGCAACGCAAGAAGUUCCCAAGGUGUAAAAUGUAUUUUCUGAGAGUAUUUUGGCGAAGUGACAUUUCAGUAUUUGUUAUAAUUUAUAUCUUUAAACCAAAGAAGACAAGCUAAAAAGAUUAAUAACCUGAAAAUUAUAAAGUUCUAUUUAUAUGCUUGGAUGGAAUUAAUAUAUCAUUAUAUAAUUUGCUGCAGAAUGUAGUCUUACGUUUAAAAACAAUAUUAAAUAUAUGUCAUAUGUUUUCUUGUACUCAUCGCAGCCAAAUAUUUGUUAAAACUAUUAGAUUCCUGGAAAUUUCGAUUCACAUGUUGACUGAAAUUAGCUCUGAACAUCGAGGCCAAAAAAUUUAUACACGAAAUGUUGUACAUUAAUAUUAAUUAGAAAUUCUAUGUUGCAAUGGAUAGUCUUUUGAAUGUCUGAUUUAAUAUGAAGUUAACACUCUAGUGAAAACAGUACAAGAUUUAAUAAAAUGCAAAAUUACCAUGCAAAGUUGUAAAACUGUAAUUAACUCUAGCCUGAAUCUGUAUAGCUUUAGCCAAGUGUUUGUUUUUUAAAUAACUAAAGAAUGACCACUUGUUGGAAGUAUAUUUAUUUUCUAAAACUUGUAUCAUGUGAUGUAAAUAUGUGUUAUGUUAAGAUAAGUUCUUAUAUUAAAAUAAAUAUUAUGAUCAUUUA